UUGGUGCUGGAACCAACCGCCUAACCUCGCGUUGUAGAGGUCCUAUGUCGGACUGAAAACGGAUUGCGCGGAGACAAACAGCACCAAAUACUAAGAAAGAAAAUAAAGACGGUGCGCAAAGAAACGAGGAAAUGCCACAUAAUUUCCGGCCCGGGGAUCUCGUCUUCGCCAAAAUGAAGGGGUACCCCCACUGGCCGGCCCGGAUUGAAGAUGUUGCUGAAGGUGCUGUGAAACCGCCACCAAAUAAAAUCCCAAUUUUUUUCUUUGGGACUCACGAAACAGCUUUCCUUGCACCAAAAGACCUCUUUGCCUAUGAGAAGUACCAGGACCGGUAUGGGAAGCCCAACAAAAGGAAAGGAUUUAAUGAAGGAUUGUGGGAAAUUCAAAAUAAUCCACAUGCUUCUUACAGUGCCCCUGCGCCUGCAAGCUCAUCUGAGAGUGAAGACAAUGAAGGUGCAGCAGGAAGUGAUGCACAAGAUGAGGAGGAAGUAGUGGUACCAAGCAAGGCAGAAACAGGAAGUGACGACUCUGACUCUGGGAGUGAAGCUCAAAGGAGAGGACCGGUGAAAAGGAAAGCUCCAGCAGCAAAGCGGCCCCCAGCAAAGAGAGGGCGAGCGUCAUCCAGUGACCGGGAUGAAGAGGAGAGUGGAUCUCCCUCUGAGCCGGAGCCUUCACCCAGCUCUGACUCUGACUCAGGCAAAAACAGUGACCAGGACUUCACACCACAGAAAGAGUCAGGAGGUCGAGGUGGCAGGAAACCUGCAGCCAGAGGGAGGCGGAAGAAAGCGUCCACAGAGUCCGAUUCAGAAUCAGGUUCCCAUUCUGAUCGAAAGGGAAACCGGAGCGAUUCGGAGGAUGUGAAGCCACGGCCAGCCCUUUCAGGAUCCGAGUCUCAGUCUGGGUCCAAGUCAGACUCUGACUCUGAGCCUCCACCCCGGAAGGGUCCACAGGCACGGAAGAAAGAGAAACCACCGCCAAAGCCACGUGCAAGGAAACCCAAACCAGCACCAGAAAGAGCUGCAUCCUCGUCCUCAGACAGUGACAGCGACAGUGAGCCAGACCGCAUCAGUGAGUGGAAGAAGCGGGAUGAGCAACGUCGGCGGGAGCUGGAGGAGCGCAGGAAGAAGGAGGAGGCGGAGGAGCUGCGGAAGCUGAGGGAGAGGGAGAAAGAGGAGGACGAGAAGAGGAAGAGGGAGAAGGAGAACAAAGGGCGGCACGGGCACCGCAGCAGCGCUGGCAGUAGCAGCUCGGACGAGGGCACGGACGAACAUCCGCUCAGGAAGUCUAAGAAGCCGCCGCCGCCGCCCAUCCCUGCACCUUCAGACUCCGACUCGCCCGCUGAGGUGAAAAAGUCAGCAAAACGUCAAGAUGGCCAGAAAGGCAGACAGAAGAAAGAGCAGGAGAAAAAAGAUAGGGAGAGAAAGGAGAAGAGGACGCAGAGGUCCGAAGAGAAACACAGGCCAAGGUCCAAGCAUGAGAAGCUGAGACGAAGACCUGAGCGUCCCCCCGAGAAGAAGGUAGAGAAGAAGAAAGAGCCAUCUCCAGAAGAGAAACUUCAGAAGCUUCACACAGACAUCAAGUUUGCACUGAAGGUGGACAACCCAGACAUUGAGAAAUGUUUACAGGCCUUGGAGGAGCUGGGCUCUGUACAGGUCACCAGUCAAAUCCUACAAAAGAACUCUGAUGUCAUCACCACACUCAAGAAGAUCCGUCGGUACAAGGCCAGUAAUGCAGUCAUGGAGAAAGCUACAGAGAUCUACAACAAAUUAAAACUUCAAUUUGUUGGCAAGUUGGAGACAAAUAAGACAAAACCAGAGGAAAAGGUCCAGGGGGAUAAAAUAGACACACCAAUCACAGAUUCCAAACCAGUGAAUGGAGAGUCCGAAGGUGAGAAAAGGGAUAUAGUUUCUGAAUCUGAAUGUAAUCCAAAAUCUACAGAGCAAGAUGAACUAGAGGACCACAAGUCCCAGAACACUGACAGGCUUGGACCAGACAGCCCCGAAGAACAACCCGCACACACGCCUGAUGCAACAGAUCGCACUUCAACAGCAGAGACGGAGCAGCCAGCACAGAGCUAAAGAUCGGAACCACAGUUGUCUUUUCCCAGCUGAAUGGAGAACUUUUGUCAUAGAUACCUGUAUUCUGUGCAGAUGUUGUCCUUAAACUAGACUGCAUCCCUUUUACACGUGUACACACACACACACAGACUCUUAUUACAUUUGUGUUGGUUUUGUCCACCAUUUAUGAACACCAUUUUGUAUAUAAAAAGAUAUGGAAAUUAUUCAUGUUUUAAACAUGAAGUGACAUAAUGAGGUCAGCAAGCGCCUUGUACAUGUUCAGUGUGGCAGUGAUUUUGCAGAAAAACGAUAUUUGGUCACUGUAAAGGAGUCGGCAUUAUUUAAAAAGAACACUGAUAUUUAAAGCCAAUGCCAAGGCCCUGAUAUGUGAAAACUGUGUGGUUGGUACUAACUAAAUAGGCCACCUUUUGUUAGCAAGACUCCUUGAAUUUUCUUCUCCCUUUUUGUAUAAAACAUAAAAUAGAAAAAAAAGACCAUGUUUUUUUUCAUUAAUCAAAGCCCUAUGUAAAUUGAACUCUACAACAGGGACUAAUGAAAUAUUUUCAUACAGUAAUACACCUGGAUUUUAAUCUGUCAAAUAUGAUUUAAAGUGUCAUAAUAUGGGCUUAAUGCUAGAUGCUGUAGAGGAAUUCUGUACCUGUUGUCAGAUUUCCCGUUCCUAAUUCACACUGAGUAGGAUGAAUUUCAUCGUGUACAAGCUUAAUAGUAUACAAACAAUAUUCUGUUGGAGCUAAUUAAACAUUUGCUUGUCUUGCAUAUUAUAGCCAUGUUUUAGCGCUAUGUAAAUUGGUCAAAUCAUUUUUUAUCAUUAAUGGAAAAUUAAAUAAACGUCAGCAUGGUG